AUGAUCUUUUCCAUCUACAUCAUCAACAAGGCCGGAGGUCUCGUCUACAACAAGGACUAUUCCGAGGGUCUCUCCAAGCUCACCUCCAACGAGUACCUCGUACUUGCAGGAACCUUCCACGGUGUCCAUGCUAUCACGUCCAAGAUCUCACCUGCGCCUGGAUCCAGUGGAAUUGAGAUGCUCGAGACCGAUACUUUCAGGAUACAUUGCUUCCAGACCCUCACAGGCACGAAAUUCUUGUUGGUGGCAGACCCUCAACAACCCUCAAUUGACAUGAUUUUGAAAAAGAUCUACGAGACAUACUCAGACUACACGGUCAAGAACCCCUUCCAGAACCCCGAGAUGCCUAUCCGCUCAGAACAAUUCGAUGUCCACUUGUUGAAGAUGGUCAAGUCGUUCAAUGGACUCGUGGCCAACAACAGUAACCCCUAUAACGUCGGUGGCAACGCAGGCGCUAAUGCUUCCCUCCAGAGCCAACCUCAUGUCCCUUUUCUCAUGAAGCUCAACACCGAGACUGUCACAGUCGAGCUCAAGAACGGUACCAUUGUUCACGGCACAGUCACAGGUGUUGAUAUGAGCAUGAACACACAUUUGAGAGCUGUCAAGAUGACGGUCAAGAACAAGGAUCCCGUCAGUCUAGAGUCGUUGAGCAUCCGUGGCAACAACAUCAGAUACUUUAUCCUCCCCGAAAACUUGCCACUGGACACCCUGUUGAUCGACGAUUCACCCAAGAGCAAAUCCAAGAAGAAGGCUGUAGGAUCGUCGGGACCAGUUUCAGUGAGGGGACGCGGUCGUGGUCGUGGUGGCGCAAGAGGCGGCGGCCGUGGUCGUGGCCGUGGAGGCCGCCCUUAA